AUGGGUAACAAUCCCUCUCACCCAACCGUACCUCUCGAUGGAUACUUGGCUGUUCGGGCUUCUAUCGAGGCCCGCUUCUCCUCCGCUUCCUGUGACCGCCAAGCAGCGGUGCCCAGAGAGUGCUACAGCACAGCAGGCGGGAGCUUGCAGGCAGUGACUCACAGGGAGCUCCAGAAGCUUCAGAGGAAGCAGAUGAGGCAGGAAGUAAGGUCGUCUCGUGGGUCAAGCCGGGCCAGCGCCGCAGUGCUAGUCGAGCAGGUGAUGGCGGGGACCCGACUGCCUGCAACCCUCAGCAUAGCGGAGACGACAGACACUAAUUCUGACGGGGCCCCCGAUGAAUUUGAAGCAUCGGAAACGGCGGAUGAGAUGCUGAGGGGGCUUAGUCCAUCUUUUACAAGGGCAAAAGCCCCUCACGUGAGGGCGCAGUCGCCACUGCCAUUUCCCUCCAUGUCGCAUUGCUCUCCUACGGUUUCUAGAGCAGCUGAAACGCUGAAGCAACAGAGCUCGGAGCUCAGCGACUGCGGAAGAAGUAGGGGCAGCGAUCCCGACCCUUCCUGCAGAGCAACGAGACUCUCCGCCGGGCAAACCUCUCCAAGUUCCACGAGCAACGUGCAGCCGCCAACGCCGCAGCAGCAGCCGCAGCCGCUUUCUGCAGACCUGACUCUGCAUGCAAAUGAUGACCGGCAUCAGCGCAGGGCGUCGGACAGGGAGACGACGGAGGCUUCUGAGGGCCAUACUGCUGGGCCGCUAGAGGGCCAUGUAACAGGCCCACCAGAGGGAAGCUCUAUGCGGUCCCCAGCUGAGUGUCGUGCAGCGGAGGAUCUUCAUGGUUCCGCCACUCGUCCUCUUGAAGGUGGCGUCAGGAAUGUUGGAAGGGAACGCGCUGCUAGGGGCCGCGAAGGGAGGGGGGACGGGGCUCUUGCUGUGCAGAUUGAGGAAGCUGAGAUGUUUUGUCCGUUGUCUCCCAACUCGGCCUUGGGGUCUUGCGUUCCUACGACCGUUGCCGUCGAAAGAAACCAACAAUCAGCAAGGGAGAGGGAAAACACGGCGUCAGUUGCCCUGCCUUCACGCGACAUAACUGCGACGGGCAGCGUGUGCUAUGGUCCUGCAUGCAACCAUUCCCCGUUUCUUGAGGGAAGGGCUCUGCAGACACUGCUGCCGCUACUUCUGGGGCCCUCUCUGGGGACCGCCAUGGGUGUGUGCGUGCAUUGGUUUAUGAAGAUCAGCAACGGCCUUGCUGAUAUGUGCUCUCCUAUUACUCGAGACUUUGAGGAGUCGUAUGGCAAGUAUUUUUCGCCCGUCAUCGCCACGCUCAAACAGCAGGCGCUGCACACGACAGAUGGGAAGGGUGCCAGAUUAGAUUGGGUGAUCACAGCAAAGGUACUGCCGCCCGCGGCAAAUAACGUGCUGUCUCUGGGGUACUGUUUCAAGUAUCGUCAUCUCUCUUCCACGAGAGACUCUUACGUAUUCCCAGAUCUCACAGGAAGUGAGCAGGCGACUGAUUCUGCUUGUCGCUGGGCAGACGCAAGUCCUUCUUCCUGGAGGUCAACGUUGCGAGGCAGGCAAGACGAAGGACAAAGUCCUGUGGCUAUCGUCCGGCCACCUAGCAGGGGUAGUGGCACGCCCACAGGGCAGUGCCGGCGCGAGGUACCAGUCUUCUCAGUGGCUGUUGCCCAAGCGGGAACCAGUCGACGGAUGUGGCUUCAUCGUGACCUCUGCCGGUUCCACGGGGAUGAGACGGGACAGGCCGUGUUGACUCACCUAGGCCCAGUGUGCGUAGGGGACUUAGUAGAGGUACCUGUGGCGCUGUCCAAUGGCAUAGGAGUUGCCGACGUUUCCACCAUUAGGUGGCUUCCUCUGCGCGUCACUAGGAGAGCAUCGGGGUCCCUUACAGGGUCGAAGGCGUUGGACGCGGCCUCGAGAGGACUGUAUGAGGGGUGCCCACUGGAAAUACAGUAUGGGGAGUGGUUUGACAGCGAUCAAUACCGUCACAUGACCACUGAAAGGCUGAAACGGGCGGAAUGCCUGGAGCCAGAGCUACAUCACGUGUCCACUUCUUACUCAGGCAUAGAUGUACUUGUGAGGCGAUCCCUUUAUAAGGCAGUACGAGAAGGCUCAGUAGGAGCGGCAGCGCAGCGCGCUUGGGGUUUACAAUGUAAAGUGCUGCCCCCAGACUCUCCAGUCGUUUUCCCGCUUACUCGAAGAGGGCUGCUCCACGACCGGUCUACCAGCCUUCAGCUCCGCGUGGGCGACUCCUUAGAGUACUACUUGACCAUUGGGGGUGCCAAUUUUUGA